AUGAAACUUUGGCUAGGUGACUCCUUGGGUAAAGUGCUUCAGCUCGGCGUACAAGUGGAGGUCGAGGUGCUGGACAUUGACGCAGCCGCCACCGCAACAGAAGUCCUGGAAGCACUCCGCAACGUCAUCCCUGGUCAAGACGACCCAACGGUGAGCAUCGACCGGGACGUGGUCAGUGAUGUCAGGAUAUGGGGCACCCGAUCUGGACAGCAGAUCGCCACGGCGAAAAUGCCUAAACACAUUGCCGCCCGGAUCUCCAGAGUCCCGAUCGGGUGGACCAUGUGCCGAGUCCGGCCCAGGAUGCUGCCACCUGAGAGGUGCUUCAGGUGCCAGGCCUUCGGACAAAACUCCAAGAACUGCACAUCAGAGGACAGGACUGGCGUCUGCUGGAAAUGCGGCGCGAUAGGCCACUCCAUGAAGGAAUGCAUCGAGGCGGACGACCUCUGCGUAGCAUGCGAAACCGCUGGACUCCAGAAGGUCACGCAUAAACCGGGCUCAGGUGCGUGCGCUGCCAGGAAACAGUCAGGUGGAGUGAAGAAUAACAUCAGAUGA